AUGUUUCUUCUCCACGCCACGACGUUAACACGCGCGCCAGCGCCUCUGCACAGCAUGGAAGGCCAUAUGGAUAUUGAUUCAUCGGAUUCGCGAGGUGAGAAGCGCUCAGCUGAAGGGACAGAAGCUCCCAGGCCUUCGAAGCCAAAAAGAAUCAAAGCCUUAGAUCCCGAUGUUGUCAAUAAAAUUGCCGCAGGAGAGAUUAUUGUUGCGCCAAUGCACGCGCUGAAGGAGCUGAUUGAGAAUGCCGUCGAUGCAGGCUCCACUUCGAUCGAGGUCCUUGUCAAGGAUGGAGGGUUGAAGUUACUACAAAUUACGGAUAAUGGGCAUGGGAUCGAUCGUGAUGAUCUUCCUAUCCUUUGCGAGCGAUUUACUACUUCCAAAUUGAAAGAGUUUGAGGACCUCUCCUCCAUUGGCACAUACGGAUUCCGAGGCGAAGCGCUGGCCAGUAUUAGUCAUAUUGCACAUUUAAUGGUGACUACCAAAACGGCCGGAUCAAGUUGUGCCUGGCGAGCACAUUAUGGUGAUGGAAAACUAGUUCCGGCAAAGCCAGGCCAGAACGCUGCACCAAAAGCUACUGCUGGCCGAGGAGGUACACAGAUUACAGUUGAAGACUUAUUUUACAAUGUGCCCACUCGCCGGCGCGCAUUUCGUUCUGCCAGUGAAGAGUAUGCCAAGAUUCUGGAUGUGGUCGGUCGAUAUGCAGUGCAUUGCUCCGGGGUUGCCUUCUCAUGCCGCAAGCAUGGAGACUCUGGGGUGAGCAUCUCCACCCCUUCCGCUGCAACGACUCUCGAUCGUAUCCGCCAAAUCCACGGAAGCGCAGUCGCAAACGAGGUGGUUGAGUUUGUGGCCGCGGACAUCAAACUCGGGUUCCGUGCCUCUGGGCUCGCAACCAACGCGAACUAUCAUGUCAAAAAAACCACGAUAUUACUCUUUAUUAAUCACCGUGCUGUGGAAUCAACCGCCAUUAAACGCGCUAUGGAGCAGACCUACUCUGCAUUUUUACCCAAAGGCGGUCAUCCUUUCGUUUACCUCGACCUGGAGAUCGAACCACAUCGCGUCGAUGUCAAUGUGCAUCCAACUAAACGCGAAGUCAACUUUCUCAAUGAAGACGAGAUUAUCGAGAUGAUUUGCAGCGAGAUCAGGUCCAAACUCGCUCAAGUUGACUCAAGUCGUACAUUCCUAACACAAAGUCUUUUGCCUGGUUUGCAAACCAUCGAAACCCUCCAGCCAUCAAAGGACAGCCCAUCAGACGGCAGAAUUGCAAGCACACCCAAAACACCCGCCACAGCCAAACGACCAUAUGAAAAUAAUCUUGUCAGAACUGAUUCAAAGGUCCGGAAAAUCACUGCCAUGCUCACCCCGGCUGCUGUCUCAUCUCCUUCACACCCUGGGAUCCCCACUGAACUCGGAAUUCCUCCUCCCCCUCUCCUUGAGGACGGCCUUCAGUACGAAAGCACUGACCGUCAACCUCUUCGUAUUGCCCUUACAUCAGUCAAGAACCUUCGGAGUGCCGUACGAGCCACGAUGCACAACACAUUAACUGAGAUGUUCGCAUCUCAUACCUAUGUCGGCCUUGUUGAUGAGCGGCGUCGCCUAGCAGCAAUUCAAUCCGGUGUGAAGCUCUACCUGAUAGACUAUGGACUUGCCUGCAAUGAGUUCUUUUACCAGGUCGGGCUCACGGACUUCGGAAACUUCGGCACCAUCAAACUAGACCCGCCGCCCAAGUUGGUGGACCUGCUACAGAUUGGAGUCGAAGCAGAACGAGAGGCACACGGCAAUGCCAGUGACGAAGAAGCAGAAGGGAUUUUUGCAAAUGCCGCGGAGACUGUAUGCCGCACCCUCAUUGAGCGGCGAGAGAUGCUUGAUGAGUACUUCUCGAUAAAGGUCACCGAAGAAGGGAAGCUGCUCACAAUUCCGCUCCUGCUGAAAGGAUAUGUCCCUUCAUUGGCAAAACUGCCCCGCUUCCUACUCCGUCUGGGCCCAUUUGUGGAUUGGACUGGGGAAGAAGAAUGUUUCAGAACCUUCCUUCGAGAGCUGGCCGCAUUCUAUACACCGGAGCAGCUUCCAGUUCCUUCAUCAUCACCCUCCAGAGAUGCUUCCACGGGGGAACCCGCAGGACAUAAUCCAGAUCCUUCAGCUUCUAGAGAUGAGGACCCAUUGAUCCAGGCGCGCCGUGCACAGAUGAGUCGAAUGUUGGAAUAUGCUGUGUUUCCCGCUCUUCGUGCGCGGCUAGUUGCUACAUCUCGGAUGCUCCGAGGGGUAGUUGAGGUGGCAGACCUGAAGGGGCUCUAUAGGGUAUUUGAGCGGUGCUGA